AUGGCUCCCCCAGAGGCAGAAAAGCCAGUUGAUCACACUCUCAACCGCCGCCCUUCCGUCAGCAAGGGUGAAAAUACAGAGAUCAGUAAUGACGCUGCGAGACUAAUGGCAAUGGGCUACCAGCCCCAGAUGAGGAGAGAUAUCAGCACUCUUCAGCUAAUUGGGGUGGCUUUCAUGGUCACAGCAUCCUGGCUUGGAGUACUGGGUGGUUUUACAACUGGAGUAGUGGUCGGAGGAUCAGUUUGCCUCAUCUAUGGUCUGAUCAUUGUCGGUGUCUUUAGCACCUUUUUUGCUAUCACCCUUGGAGAAUUGGCGAGCGCUAUGCCUACAGCUGGAGGUCAGUACUACUGGGUUUCUGUCCUUGCCCCCAAGAAGCUCUCUCGCCCCUCGGCCUUCUUUACCGGUCUCUGCAACCUGGCCGGCGGUGUCGUGGCCACUGCUGGCUCUAGUGUUUUGCUUGGCAACAUGGUGUUGGCCUGUGUUAAGCUCUAUCAGCCGUCAUUCGAGAUCCAUGCCUGGCAGAAUUGGCUGAUCGGCCUUGCGUUCAACUGGACCGCCUGUUCAGUCAAUAUGAGCAAGAAGACCGUCGCCAGGACCUUGUCUGUAGGCAUGUUCAUCAGUAUUGCCGUUGUUAUCGGUCUCGUUAUUUCCAUCCCAGCCACCAGUCCCGAACAUACCGACGCGAAGUUUAUCUUCACGAGCACCGAGAAUGUGAGUGGCUGGAGCUCGCAUGGCAUGGCCUUCCUUGUUGGCCUAAUCAACGCCAACUAUAGUUUUGGUCUCAUUGAUACCGCAGUGCACUUGGCCGAAGACAUUACCAACCCUGAGAAGACCGUGCCAAAGGCUCUCUUAUUGACCGUUGGGAUCAGCUUUUUUACAGCUUGGCCGCUUGCUAUUCUACUAAUGUAUUGCUUGUCAGACUUUGAAGCUAUUGUCAGCACCCCAACAGGCCUCCCUUUGCUAGAGCUCUUCCACUUCGCAUUCAGGGGCAAUAAGGCAGCAGCGGUGGCAAUGCUGGCCUUGGUAGCCUUUUGCUACUCAAUCGCCAUGGCUUCACUUCAUGCCUAUAUGUCCAAGAUCUGCUGGGCUUUUGCAAGGGACAACGGCCUCCCUAUGUCUCACCUUUGGUCCAGGGUUCACCCAGCCCUCAAUGUCCCUAUAUACGCCCUCAUUCUCUGCGCUACCCUUGUCUCAAUUCUAUCGACACUUGUUAUGGCUUCGACGACAGCCUUCAAUAGUCUCGCUGCUGGCGUCAUUAUAUUUCCAUCUCUAACAUAUACCUUACCAGCUAUCUAUUCUUUACUUCCCAGUAAUAAACAUAUCAAAGGCCCCUUCAACCUGGGUGCUAUUGGGACCCUUUCCAAGAUCAUGACAGCUACCUUCUGCAUUUUCGCCAUUAUCAUCUAUUCGUUUCCUUAUUUCAUGCCUGCAACUGCAAGCAACAUGAACUAUGUGUCGGCUAUUCUCGGAAUCUUUUGUAUCUGGACAGUGGGCGACUGGUUUGUGCGUGCUCGCAAAACCUUUAUUAUUCGAGAGGUGGAGGAUGAGAUAGCCCGGGCUCAAUAG